CUGCUCACUAAACGACUCACCAAAAGUUAAUUAGAAUGGAGUACAGCAAGCUGAUGUUACAUCAUAGAUUUCAAUGAGUACGUUUUUACUUGCGUAUUUUACCGACGAACAAUUCAGCACUUUAGAAUUGUUCGUAGAACAGACAAAAGUCGUCAAGACUAAUUUCUACUUUUCCUUCUUUGUAUUGGCGAGAAGUUCAUGGGAAAUUGCCUUGAACGCGUAUUUUGAUUUAGGAUAUUCAAGAGGCCAUUGUAGUAUUCAGCUGGAGGGUCAGAGCUAACUGUUGUAUAGGAGUCGAGUUCCCAUCUGCACCAUUUAAGGAAUUAAGUAUGUCUCAGUAAUUCUUCUUUCAGACCUGUUUUUGGUGUUCUGUUUUCAGUGUAGAUGGCUUGUGGCUUUGUUUUGAUAAUGGAUGGUUGUUGGAAUUUGAGGCCAGUUGGGCUUUUUCAGGGGAGUUGGGUAUUAAGGUGAAUUUGGUCAUUUUCGAAUUGCAAUUGAUAAGUCUACUGGUUUUGGCAGGAUAUGAAACUUUGAACUUUGGGUUUCUUCUAUACGAGGUUAUCCUGGAGCUGUGCUUAGAUAUUGUUUAAUGGGUUUGUCCGCUCUAUCAUUUAAGAGAAUUUCAUUAACCCGUAAUCUCCUUGGUAGUCUCAAACAGGCUGAAAUCUGAGAAUUGGAGGACAGUUUGCACAGCCUUUGUUUUUUUGAAGCAAUUUUUCACAUCUGCAAUUAGAGUUCCUCUAGUGGAGGGAAGCUGAAUAGGGCAGAGGAGAGGAGCUUCUUAUAUAAGUAGAGUUUAUUUAUAACUAGAAUGAAGGAGCCCUUGGUCACAUUGAUGUUAAUUGUGUGGAUGCUUAUAUAUGAGAUUAAGCCUGCACGAUUCGAUUUCUUAUUUCCUUCUAUAUCGGACCAAUCAUGCACCUCCACCAAGGGUAUGGACAUGAAGCAGUGGUAUGCCUUCUUAUUUUAUCAUCACACGCACAAGGGGCAUUUAAUCUAUAAUGUACUUUCAAUCCUUUGGAAAGGUAUUCUGUUGGAAGGGUGCAUAGGAAGCAGACAGUUUUCCUUGUUGAUUUUGGCAUUGCUAUCCACGUAUGAUGGAUUAAUAAUCUCAAUAAGAUUACUCUGGGGACUUUUGGCUGGAUCAGAAAUAUGUUUCUCCCUAUGUCAUGCUGGCAUAUCUGGGUUACUUUUUGCCUUGAGCUUUCCUCUGAACGCCAACUCAGAAAUCUGUAGAUCAAUUAUUCCUGCUUCUUUCCAAAACCUUAAGACAGUAACUCUUUCGGUAAUCUAUGCACUGGAAAUUGCUGUUCUACAUUCCUUAUGUCCAGGGUUCCCAUUUUAUGGUCCUAUUUGUGGUACCCUAGCAGGAGUUCUGUAUUCUCAUAAACCUCAGAUAUACAGCAAUUGGAAUUCAUUGUUUUUAAUCAGAAGGUGGCUAUGUUCCACCCCAAAAAUCAGUGGGACCAUUGAUUCACAACAGCUUCCUGGAACUGUACAAAUGGUUUGGAGGUGUUCUGCUUGCACAUAUGACAAUUCAGUUACGUCUAACCCAAACGUGUGUUCUAUUUGUGAGAACCCUAGGUUUGAGACAAAAGCAAAAGGAUCACCUGACUUGCAAGUGAAUCCAGACAAGGUAGGUUUGGUCUGGAACUGCCCAACAUGUACAUAUGAAAAUGGUGUAUUCUUCCUUGAUUGUGAGAUGUGUGAAAGACCUCGUCCUGUUUUAUAUCAACAAAAAAUUGAAUCAUCCUGAUUCAUCCAAUUGUUUUCCUUAUUCGUUCCAAUCCCUGGGAAACAAAUCCUCUACACCUCUAAAUAUACCACCAUGUACAUGAAAUUAAGUUUAAGAAUGAGCAUACAACAUGACUUUUUAAAA